AUGGGGGUACUUGAGCCUCUUCCACCCACGUCUUCCUCGUCUCCCGGUUCCUCUGCUCAUGCAUGCUCAUCAGCAUGCAUGAUGAGCAACCACUGGGAGCAAAACAUCACCAUUAUUCAUGGCCAGAGUACACCUCGGAGCCAGACUGACAGAUCAAAAGAUGAUGCCGAUAGGUUGGGGGUCCCGGCUGCAGUGAUGAAUAACCCCGUCGUGAGGAGACGGCAACACCGCUGGAAGUUUGGGGGCUCAGAGCCGUUUUUCAACGUUAUUUUUGUCCAGACGUCCAUUGACCCGAACACAGAGUCGGUGGAAGAUUUGAUCCAGAGGUUCCAGGACAGCUUCCGUGUCCCCAACACGCCCACAGACAUAACUCAGUACCAGCACGCCUUGCACAGCUCAUCAACCGGCCGGCGGAGGUUCCCCAGCCACAACAAAGCAACUGGAAACGUGUUCGGUCCUCAAGGGGAAUCGGGAUCAGAGCCCGAAGACGACAAUCACUCAAAGUUUUACACGGAGCAGCACAGAGGACGGCGGCGCAGCAAAGCUCCAGGCCACUCUCACAGUCCUCUGAAUAAGGUGACCCUGACUCUGAUAACCAUCAGCACAUGUGUCAGUGCCAUCGUGUACGCCACGCAGGACUCCUGCCCCCUCACCGUCAAGGUCACGCUGCACGUGCCCGAGCACUUUGUAGCGGACGGCAGCAGUUUCGUGGUGAGCACCGGCAGCUUCCUGGACGUCUCUAACUGGUUGAAUCCAGCCAAACUGACUCUGUACCAGCAGAGCAACGCGUCGGCCCAGUGGGUGCAGGAUUACUGCGGCCAGAGGUCGACGGAGCCCUGCGAGCAGAUCUGUGACAAGGAAACAGGCGAGUGCAGCUGCCACGAGGGUUAUUCCUCCGAUCCCGUCCACAAACACCUCUGCGUCCGCAGCGACUGGAGUAGCAACGAAGGCCCGUGGCCGUAUGCUAACUUGGAGAAGGGAUACGACCUUGUUACGGGAGACCAGGCCCCUGAGAGGAUCUUCAGGUCGUUUUACAGUCUGGGACAAGGGCUGUGGCUCCCGGUUAGCAAGAGCUUUGUGGUGCCGCCGGUGGAGCUGUCAAUCAACCCCAUCGCCAGCUGCAAGACAGAUGUGUUGGUUAUCGAAGAUCCAGGAGAGGUCAGGGAAGAGGCGAUGAUGUCCACGUACUUCGAGACGGUGGAGGAUCUGCUGGCGUCGUUCGGCCCCGUCCGCGACUGCUCCAAAGACAACGGCGGCUGCAAGAAGAAUUUCAAGUGUGUGUCUGAUCGACAGCUGGACUCGUCAGGCUGCAUGUGUCCUGAGGGGCUGAGGCCCAUGAAGGAUGGAUCCGGUUGCUAUGACUACUCCAGAGGCAUCGACUGCACCGACGGCUUCAACGGAGGCUGCGAGCAGCUGUGUCUGCAGCAGCUGGUCGCCCUCGACGACGAGCCCGGAGCCAGCAAUGUGCUCAUGUUCUGCGGGUGCGUUCAGGAGUACCGGCUGGCGGGCGACGGACGCUCCUGCCUCCUGCAGUCGGACAACUGCGAAGGACCGAAGUGCCCACGGCCGGACGUCCGCUUCAACGACACGCUGUUCGCCGAGAUGCUGCACGGAUACAACAACAAGACGCAGCAGGUCAACCUGGGACAGAUCUUCCAGAUGACCUUCCGGUAA